AAUGCAUCGGAAAUGGAGGCAUCAAUGAUAUCUGCUGUACUUUCAUCCACGCUACGAACACGUGCCGCGUUUUCAGAAUGCUAUAUAUAUUUACGUAUACAUUAUACCAUGCGUGAUAUUACGUGCUACAUGUAAUGCACUUGAUCGCGAUGAAAUUCUAACCUCGGUCGAGUUCGUGUAUCUUCGGCAUAGUGACUGCACAGUCGCUGACAGGUAUCAGCUGUUCCAGUAAAUAAACCGCCGCAUUUCGACAAUGGACGGCGUCGAGGACAUCGCGCGGGACUGUCAGACAGCUGACGAGGAAGUCAGCGAAUCGGAUAACAAUAGCGAGUGCUUGUCACAGCGGAGCGAGGGCGAUGUUAAUUGGUAUUAUAUGCCAGACUCGAUUCUUUUGAGCAUCUUCCAGUACCUGACGCCGAAGGAGCUGACGAUCGCGGGUGAAGUAUGCAGAUCAUGGCAUAGGGUGUCGCAUGAUGAAUUUCUGUGGAAAUAUUUAUUUUAUCGGACAUACAAGAUAGAUCCGGAUGUCGGCAUCAUGCCAGGGAAAACUUCUUGGUUGGGAGAAUUCAAACGUUUGGCAUAUCAUACUCCACUGAUAGAAACUGAAGUUCUCAAGGAGCAUUCGCAUCAAGUUUUACAUGUGAGCUUCUCCCAUAAUGGCAAAAUGUUUGCAACUUGUUCAAAAGAUGGAUAUAUUUUUGUAUGGCAAAGUCAAUAUCCUGUUACUAUUAAAUAUUUACACGAUAUGAAAACAUUUAGUUGGAAGUAUACGCAAUUUUCACAAUUUAAUUGUACAGAUACUUUACUUCUUGUCUCUGGUGUACAUUUUGGUACACCUCAUAGUACUUCGGGAGAAAUAGCAGUGUUUAAAGUAGCACCUGGCUUUGACCUCCAAUGUAGAGUAGUGAAUAAGCCAUAUGACAUAUUUGGUACAUGGUACAGUGAACGUUACCUUUUAAGUGGAAAUCUGCAUUGGUUGGCACAUUUGGUCAGUACUAGUGUAGUUUGGCUCAAUAAGGCAAACCAAGAAUCAGCUAGUGAACAUGUGCCCAUUAUGACACAACUUUUUAGGUUUUACAAUGGAAAUGCUUCUUCAAUUAGAGCAAUUAUGGUUGCAAAUUGUCUAGCGCCUGCACCAGCUGAAACUAUGGAACAACAAAGCCAGCCGUCCUCCUCAAAUAUAAAGGAGGAAAAAGGGAAUCCGCCAAGUCACAAGGAUUUGUUGUCACCUUCGAACGAACCUGGUAGCUCGCAACAACAUGAAGAACCAGAAGUGCUACACCAUGCAUCAUCAAGAUUACAAUAUAGUAAAUUAGAAGGUGGAUUUUCGAAUUGGAGAAAACUUGGUGACGGUUUUGAAUAUGCUAGUCCUAUACAGUACAAUCAGGAAUAUAGGCAGGUUGAGAUGCAGAGGAAGGCGCACGAAAGUGACAGUGAAAGUGAGAAUCCAUUGUGGGAAGAGGAGAGCGAGUCAGGAGAAUCUUCGAUAACCGAAGAAUGUGAUACUGAUGAGUUAGCCAAUAAUCCCGAGAAGUUCCUUAUAUUUACAACUGGCUCGAAGACAUAUACUCCACAUAAAGUUGGUUUUAAGAGAAUUAAAUUAGUCAGUUUCCCAAGAAGAUUAGACCCAGGACCGUCGCUACGCGAAAGAAUAGCUCAGCGGGAAAGGGAGCGAGAGAGACAGAAUACCCCAUCGGUGGAAGAUUGGUUAAAUUACGAAUCUGUAGCUGAUAAGUUCGAUAAGAUAGAUCAUUUGAUUGAUCUUCACGGCCACAUCAUUGGAAUGGGACUUUCUCCUGAUCAUAGAUAUCUUUAUGUAAAUACAAGGCCAUGGCCAAAGGGUUAUGUUAUUACUAAUCCUUUACAACCACCACCAAUAGCACAAGAAAUUGAUAUACAUGUGAUUGACUUGGUAACAUUAAAACAAGUUGGUACAAUGUUAAGAGCACACAAGGCAUAUACGCCUAAUAACGAAUGUUUCUUUAUAUUUUUGGAUGUAUGUAAUGAAUAUGUAGCAAGUGGUGCAGAAGACAAGCAUGGUUACUUGUGGGAUAGACAUUAUGGGAUUUGUUUAGCAAAAUUUCCUCAUACCGAUGUAGUUAAUUCCGUAGCUUUUAAUCCACGUGAUCCUGAAAUGUUAGUUACAACCAGUGAUGAUUAUACAGUUAAAAUAUGGCGGAGUCGGGCUAUGGUGAAGGCUUUAGGUUUAGAUGAAAAUACCUAUCGUAGAGGAAUGGAGGUGCGAAAAAGACGAAGGUUUCAAAGAAGCAGUAAUAAUAUUGACUGACUAAAAACUAUUAAAUUUCCAAUUUAAAACAUUUAUUUUUACAAGAAUUUUAGAGAUAUAUUCUGCACUUAAGUUGAUACAAAAUCGUCCAAAACAUUACUAUCAUAUAAAAGCACAAAUAAUUAAUCUAUUUUUUGAUUACCUAGGAUUUAUGCACACAAAUACAUGUGCAGAUUUUCAUUUCUUAUAAUGUAAUACAAUCUGGAAUAUCACCAGAUGAGUACUACUUGAAAGAGUUACUAAAAAUGUUGUUAAAAGAAUGGAUAUCGCAAAGAAAUAUAUUGUCUAUUGUUAUAAUGCAAAAUUAGAAAAUAUCUAGUAAAAGAAUUUAAAAUUAUAUCAUUUAUAUUUAAAGAUUAUCAUCAGACUAUUUUUAAACUGUUAGCUUAAAGUUUAUCUAUAUAGCUCUUACAUGUGGAACUCUAGGUCUUAUAGAAUUUAUCUUCUGACAAAAUUAUAAAAUUGGAAUUCUCAAUGCAGAGUGUGCAAUGAAUAUUAAGUUUUUCAUAUGGUUAUUCUGUUCACACAUGUACACAACCUGUAAUACUGAAUUUUUUUAUUUAGUCUAUAUUUCUUUUUCUGUAUAUUUGAAAUAUUUAUAAAUUUUACUUCUACUUAUAUCUGUACUAAACAAAGAAAAUAAUGAAUGGAUAUAAAUGUGCACUAUUUUGUUUUGUUCUUUCUCAUACAACAUGUCAUUUUUUGAGCUUGUAUGUUGUACAAUUACAUUGUAAAAUUAUAAACAUAAUAUAAUAAAUCUCCCACAAAAAC